UGAAAAAGAGACGUUCUUUAAAUAAGAAAGGCCGGGAUUGCUAUGGUCGGGUAGCAUUGUCUCGUUCUUUCAUAUAUACAUCUACUAUAUGUGUGUUUUAUGGGCCUAAUUCCUGUCUACAGAGAAACAAUGGAAUACUGAGUUGGGGAGACUUUAGAGUUUGAGAUGUAGCAUUUUUAUAAAAUUUCAAACGAAGAAGUGAAAAGUUAGAAGAGGCCAGCGAAAUAUGUUAUUUAAAAUUAAUUACCAUUGCACCGCUACGGGCAAAAGAGGAAAAGCAAGACUGGAAAUACCAUUCAAUGCUUCAACAACUGUACAGGACUUAAAGCUAGAGAUACAAAGGAGCCUCCAUGCUCCAGUGUGCGACCAGAGAAUUUCCUACCAAGGCCAAUCACUCACAAAAAAUUCUCUUCGGCUAUCUGAACUUUACUUACGAGAAAAUGAUGAAUUUUACUUGGAAUUCCUGGCUGAAGCAGAGAUCGAAAAACUUGACAUGGACAUCAAUGAGAUCAAAAGUUUUUAUUCACAAAUUUCACAUCUUUUAACUCCAGAAAUGGAAAACUGCAGCUUAGAAAAACUGGAAAUGUCUAUUUUCCCAAAUAUUGAGGUUGUGAAAGUGGCUCUCGGGAGAAUAGCAUAUCAGUAUUUCACCCCAUGGAAGCAGGGGCGGGCUUUGUCACAUCGGCACUACUUUGUACAAGAGGGAGGAUUUGAUGCUUUUCUUGGAAUUUUUCGUUUUUCACAGAAAAGAUUUGGUAUUCCGAAACGAUUGAUGGACAACCCUGAUGUGAGUAAUAAUCUGCCACAUCUCAGUGGCUUCUACAGAGAUCUUGAUGGAGAUGAUGGCAAUGAUGAUGAUGAUGAUGAUGAUGAAGAACAAGAUGAUGAACAUGGGUUCAUGUUUGGCCUUGACCCAGAGCUCUUGAUUCUCCAACAGUUGACUCUACAAGCAAGCUGUUUGGGACUUCUUUGGAAUUUCACUGAGACAGCAGCCGACCGACAGUUGGGCUUCCAGAAGGGUUGCCUUACUCUUGCUAUAGAGUCCCUAAUGGUUGACCCCCCAACUAAUGACCUUUAUCCAAGUAGUAUGGAGUACUUUUGGCAGAGGGUCAGCAUUAAUGAGGAAGCUAUUGGGUGUGUCGCAGGAUUUGUGGAGCACAACAGCGAAUCACAGCGAUUAGUGUCGGGUAACAAGCCUCUAGUAAGGAAAAUCCUAGACAUGCUGAUUGUUGGCGAAUACUAUGGGAUAUUUUACCGUCAGUUGGCCAUCAACCUUUUGUUCUAUUGUUCCUUUGAUUCCUUGGCCUUGGAGAUGCUUGUUGAGCAGAACGUCCACCUUAAUGUCAUGCAGUUCCUGAAGAAACAGCUUGAGGAUGACACUAAGGACAUUGUAUUCAGGUACUACAGCAGCCUGUUUCUCGCCAGGGUCCGCACGGCACAGCGGUUCACCCUCAGUCCUCGUAUCUGCGCAUACAUUGACAAUGUCCUCAUAGAAGGCUUACUAUCUGCGCAUCAGCCUUAUGAGAUAGCAGAGUGGGAGGAAGAUCACAGCUAUGUGUGGAUCACGCUUAAAGCGCUCGUUCAUCUUGCAUUCGCCGGAGGUCGGAAAGGCUACAUGGAGGUGACAGAGUGUGAAGUGGAUCAGCAAAGUGUCCCGACACCGCUUGUUGAAAAUGUUUUAUUUCAACUCGGGCUGGAGGCAUAUGAUGAUUUGGUUAAUGAUGAUAAUGGACAAGAUUUUGAUGCUGACAGUGCUAGUGAUGUCAGUAUUGAAGAUAUAAUUUAUGGUGACGAUGAUAAUGGUGGCGAUGAUAAUGAUAACUAUGAUAAUGAUGACGAUUAUGAUGGUGACAAUUAUAAUGAUGAAAAUGAUGAUUAUGAUCACAACGAUGUUGAGAUGGCAGAUCACAUGGAUCAUAGUGAAGCAAGAGUCUCCAUCGUCGAUAAAAAGCAAGGUCAAAUAGAUGAAAGGAAUUGUGCCAGAAACCAAGAUGUACCAGAUGUCAACCAAGAUCCAGUCACAUUUUCGGCGUCAUUGACGACGCAGGGGCCAGAAGCAGUGAAUUUUGAAUCUAGCCCACGCGAUAUUUCCUGUGAGACUCCAGGAAACCACGUGAGGCCGGCCCUUAUUGGGAACAGUGGACUAAGUAAAGCUGGUCCUUCGAAUUGCUCUUGUGAUAUGAAUGCAUCGCCAAGUGCGUUAUCAGCAAGUUCAUUACCAGCAAGUGCGUCUUCUGCUAUUGCCUCCUCAGCAAGUGCGUCAUCAGCUAGUAUGUCAUCAUCAAGUUCGUUAUCAGCAAGUGCGUCGUCAAAUAUUGCGUCAUCAGAUAUUGCAUCAUCAGCAAAUGCGUCAUCUGCUAAAACGUCAUCAGCAAGUGCGUCGUCGAAUAUUGCGUCAUCAGCAAGUGCGUCAUCAGCUAGUAUGUCAUCAGCAAGUUCGUUAUCAGCAAGUGCGUCGUCAAAUAUUGCGUCAUCAGAUAUUGCAUCAUCGGCAAAUGCGUCAUCUGCUAAAACGUCAUCAGCAAGUGCGUCGUCGAAUAUUGCGUCAUCAGCAAGUGCGUCAUCCGAUGUUGCGUCAUCCGCUAUUGCGUCAUCAGCAAGUGCGUCAUUAACAAGUGCACCAUUUGCCAUUGCGUCAUCAAGUGGACCAACACCUGACGUUGAUAUGGAACUAGAAAACGAUCUAGACGUUCUUCCUGAACAAAAACCUGAACACAACAACGACGACGAUGCGUAUAAGAACCAGAGAGAGCGCUUCGAAUCAUGUCAAAACUACACCAAAGAAGCCGAGAACUUGUUGAAGGUCUACCCUUUCGUGCCACCACUACCUGAUAACCACGACAUCCUGAGCCUGGUCAAACAAGCGCAGGGGAACAAGCGGAUGAUGUGGCCUGGAUCAAGUGCUGUCCAGAAACUUGGGGUGUUCUCAUUGCGGCACUUGCUGUUCUCAAGCGGCAACAGGGAUUUGGUGUUACAGGAGAAGCUGCUCGACUACUUGGUCUGCCUGAAGUGGCAGAUGGAAGGAGAUGCGAGGAGCAUGUUGACUAAUGAGCUGACGACCAAGUUUCAUGCUGUGCAGCCGCCCUCGUUACGAGUAAUGUCCAAAGCUGUCCUGGCGCAGAUUUACGGGUUUGACGCGGUGAACAGAUUCUAGACGCGAUCUAAUGCAGGGCAUGCUUGUCACGUCGCCCACGCCUCGACAACCGCGGGUCAAGUCUCGUCAAGUGCGGGUCGAGUCCCGUCAAGUGAGGGGCAAGUCUCGUCAAGUGCGGGUCAAGUCUCGUCAAGUGCGGGUCAAGUCUCGUCAAGUGCGGGUGGAGUCCCGUCAAGUGCGGGUGGAGUCCCGUCAAGUGCGGGUCGAGUCCCGUCAAGUGCGGGUCAAGUCUUGACAACCGCGGGUCGAGUCCCGUCAAGUGCGGGUCGAGUCCCGUUUGUCCAGCCAUCUGCGGGCCAAGACCCACUUAGCCAAGGUCCAUUAACACCCUCGCCUUUGUCGCUUCUAAAAACACUCAUACAGCUGCCUCACUUGUGUAUUCGGAAUGUUACAACUAGAAAGACUACAGAUUUGUAGUCAUAGAAAGGCUAGGUUGUCGGCGUAGGUGUGGUGAAAUCAGGGCAAUGCUUUUUGCACGGGUACUAGGGUACUUUGUCGAUGAAUUCUGAAUAAAAUAAACAGAAAUUUGUCCCAAAACUUGGAUGAGAGGUAAAUCCGAACUUAGUUUCGGGGAGAGUUUGGUCAUAUCCCAAAUUCGGGAUAUCCCCAGGCGAAGACACAUAGCAGCGUUUGAUUCAAAACUCCAAAAUCAAAAUUGCUUUUGCUUAAUUGUGAGGCAGGAGACAUACAUUGUUUACUUAGUACAGUAUUCAUUAUAAUCUUGGGAUAAAUGUUUGUUUUUUUCAGAAUUCGUUGACAAAAUACCCUAACGGUGUUUUACUUGACCAUCAUAAUUUUGACGUCGAGGCGAAAGCUGCAACUUUAAAUGACAAUUUACAAAACGUCGCAUUUCAUAUUCCAUAUUUUUCAUAUUUCAUACGAGCCUAACAUUUUUCCGUCAACCACUCCAACUUUGUGUUGAAAAUGGUAGCAUCGCUAUACAUACUUACAUAUGCUCGAAUUAUUUGCCAGCAUUAAAAGGCGCGUUUACUUUAAAUGGAAAUUUUAGUUUUUUAGAGGUAAGGAUCGGUUCAUAAUAUUUAGGGUGGGUGGUUGGGGGGGAGGGGGUUCGUAAAAUAUCUACAGGCUGACAUUCUAGGAUAGUUUAGUUGGUGGUUAUGUUGCUAGGAAAUCGUUGCCCUUUGGUACUAUUUGUUUUAAGGAAAAGUUAACAAUGAAUGAAACACCCUCAGGACACCCUCGGGACCAAAAAACGUGUCAGUGCAUCUAUAGAGUAUGCUAUAUAGAGUAUGUUAUAUCUAUAGAGUAUGAUUGAAGAAUUAAAAAUUGAGACAUUGGAAGGUGUCCGUUUUA